UAACAUAUUCAGCAAAUACGAAAAUAAAUCUUUCUAUUUCAAUCGCUUAUUUGGAGGAACGAAUAGAGGAAACUGAUAUAAAAACAACAGACAUCAGUUUGCAUGAUCAAAUGUGAAUAAGUGUUUACCGAGUGUAGAUAGUGUAAAAGGAUUGAGUCAGCAAACAAAAAUAACAAUGAUGACAUCGAUUUUUGAGAUUUCUUUUCUUCUAUUUGUAUUGGCAUAUCCUUGCCACGCACAAAAUGAUUAUAUUAAAUGCCAGACUAGUUCAGAAUGUCAACCAAAUCAUUGUUGUACUUUAGGAUCAGUAAGAUAUAGUAUACCACAAUGUAAGCCUAUGCAAGGAAAAGGAGAAGUUUGCAGACCAACUAAUUCUAGUACAACAUUUAAUGUUACCCUUGGUUAUCCAGAUGGUAGUUCAUUGAAAAUAGAAGACGUAUAUUUUAUUUUUUGUCCUUGCAUUGAUGGACUUUCAUGCGAAAAAGGCAUUUGUAAAGAAAAAAAUUAAAAAAUAUGAUACAAUUCAAUUAAUCAAUAAUAAAAAUUAAACUACAAAACUA